AUGGUUGCAACAACUGGAAAAAUAAAGAUGGCGGACGGACCUACAAUCCUUAGAAGAAAUAGGCCCGGAACUACAGCAAAGGAUUUCUGCAGGUGGCCUGAUGAACCUUUUGAAGAAAUGGAUAGCACCCUGGCUGUGCAGCAAUAUAUUCAACAGAUGAUUAGAAAAGAUCCAUCUAAUGUUGAUUUGAUAUUAAAAAUGCCAGAAGCACAAGAUGAAGCAGCAUGGAAAUAUGAGCAUUUAAGACAAUUCUGUAUGGAACUGAAUGGUUUAACAGUAAGAUUGCAAGAAGAAUGUCAUCCACAAAUUUGUACUCAAAUGACAGCUACUGAACAAUGGAUAUUUUUGUGUGCUGCACAUAAAACACCCAAAGAAUGUUCAGCUAUUGAUUAUACACGACAUACACUUGAUGGUGCAGCUUGUUUACUUAAUAGUAAUAAAUACUUUCCUAGCAGGGUGAGUAUCAAAGAAUCUUCAGUAGCAAAACUUGGAUCUGUUAGUCGAAGAGUUUACAGAAUCUUUUCUCAUGCAUAUUAUCAUCACAGAAUAAUAUUUGAUGAAUUUGAGAAUGAGACCUUCUUAUGCCGCAGGUUUACAGCAUUUGUAACAAAAUAUAGUUUGAUGUCAAAGGAAAGUUUGAUAGUACCAAUUAUGGAAGAAGAUGAAACAACAGAAAGUGAAGCAUAG